AUGUGCAUUUUCUACCUAGGCUACCACGCCAACUGCCCCUCUCAUCCACCAGGUUUCAGCCACCGUGGCGGUUGCAACAAGACCAUCUUCCACGUCCUGGGCGCCCACGCUCAGAGGGAUCUGCUCCACCACAUCCGCCAAAAGGCCAGACCCAACGAAAGCCCAGAGGUAAGAGAGUGGCUCAAAUACAUCACUUCCCGGCAACGCUAUCGAGGAAUCGCGUGGAGCGAGAUCCGCGACCUGCCCCAGAAAGCGCAGAUCGACGCCGUCAAGCCGUGCAACAGCAGCAAAUGCGAUCCUGACUUGUGGGACCUGGUGGAAACGUUGCCCGCGCAGGAGCAGGCGCGGCAUCGCCGCGGGAAGUAUACAGAGUACUGCAGUGUGUGCGCUCCGCAGGUGCCGGCUGCGAAGCGGAUGUGGGAGAACCUCCCUGUGCGCGUCUCGCUGUGGAUGCUGCCUAAUUUUAAGCCCAACGAGAGGAGUUUGACUUCGAUGGGCUACAAGCAGGAGCGGACACGCGCGCACAGCGAAUGGGUGGCUCCUGAGUCUAACUGGGUGACGCGCGCUGCGUCAUCGGUGGGAGGAGAGUCCGCCUCUUCGGCCAGCACGGAGGUGUCGGGCUCAAAGGCAUCGCCGCACCCGUCACCGCGUCCGAGGAAUCGGCGGAGAAGUAGCUCGAAAGUGCUCGAGACGAUGGACACUUUGAUGGAGGAGGGCCAGGGGUCGGGCGGCGGAGACGCUCCAGGGGGGGAUGAUCGACGCUCUCGCAAUAAGGAUCCGCGGCCUCGCCAGCAGGGCUGUGACUCCGCGUCAAGUGGUUUGACUGCGGCAGAGAUGACGGGACACGGCAGGUCGGAGUAUUCUGCACUCGGUCAACCCGGCCGCGCCCAGAUGGCGGAGUCGGAGUCCGAAAGCGGCACGACGGGUUCGACGUUUGGAUCCAGUGUCUUCGGUGACGAUGGUGAGGACGAUGACAGCACCGAGAUUCAUGAUUCGGAAUCUGAGCAUCGGCGGCAGACGCAAUUUGAUAGGCGCCAUGGCCGAUACUGCUGA